AAGCCCUCCCUGUAGCCGCCUCUUUGAUGUGCACCAGCGGGCUCAGGGGCGCUCGGAAGCAGAGCAAAGACUGGAGCGGUGGGAGCAGAUGACUUCUCAUCUGCUCCUCACCUUGCCACUGGCUCUGGGAGAGAUUGGUUCAUUGUCAAGGAGCCUUUUUUUUUACCCAUGAUUCCACAUGGUUCGGGCCGGACUACAUGUUGCCCAACAUGCCAUCGCAAAUGUUUUCUCAAUUAGGUGUCUUAUCUCCCGUGAGUUAGCAUCAGAUGAGGCUCGCUGACAGCGUCAUGGCAGCUAAAGCUUCGGAUGGCUCCAUCAAAUGGCAGCUUUGCUACGACAUCUCGGCCAGAACUUGGUGGAUGGAUGAAUUUCAUCCCUUCAUUGAAGCACUUCUGCCCCACGUCCGAGCGUUCGCGUACACGUGGUUCAACCUGCAAGCCCGAAAACGAAAAUACUUUAAAAAACACGAGAAGCGCAUGUCAAAAGAGGAAGAGCGAGCGGUGAAGGAUGAGUUGCUAAGUGAGAAACCUGAAGUCAAACAGAAAUGGGCAUCCAGACUUCUGGCCAAAUUACGGAAAGACAUCCGACCUGAGUAUCGUGAGGAUUUUGUUCUCACUGUUACGGGGAAAAAGCCUCCAUGUUGUGUUCUUUCUAACCCAGACCAGAAAGGCAAGAUGCGAAGAAUUGACUGCCUUCGCCAGGCAGAUAAAGUCUGGAGGUUGGACCUUGUGAUGGUGAUUUUAUUUAAAGGUAUUCCACUUGAAAGUACUGAUGGAGAGCGGCUUGUAAAGUCCCCACAGUGCUCAAACCCAGGGCUGUGUGUGCAGCCCCAUCACAUAGGAGUUUCUGUUAAGGAACUCGAUUUAUAUUUGGCAUAUUUUGUUCAUGCAGCAGACUCGAGUCAAUCUGAAAGUCCCAGCCAGCCAAGUGAAGCCGACAUCAAGGACCAGCCAGAAAAUGGACACUUGGGUUUCCAAGACAGUUUCGUCACAUCAGGGGUUUUCAGUGUGACUGAGCUAGUCAGAGUGUCCCAGACACCGAUAGCUGCAGGAACUGGCCCCAAUUUCUCUCUCUCCGAUUUGGAAAGUUCUUCUUACUACAGCAUGAGCCCAGGAGCCAUGAGGAGGUCUUUACCCAGCACAUCCUCCACCAGAUUUCCAUCUUACUGGAGAAGGGAAGAGGGAAGGUUGAGCGUGGUGACUCCUGAUGCCUCCCAUUCUCAGCUGUUGAAAAUGCCAGUUAUCCAGCACAAACAAACUGCCCGAAAGCACAGCUCGACAAAGCGUCUCAAAUCUGUGGAGGAUGAAAUGGACAGUCCUGGUGAAGAGCCCUUUUAUACAAGCCAAGGACGCUCCCCAGGCAGUGGCAGCCAGUCAAGCGGAUGGCAUGAAGUGGAGCCAGGGAUGCCGUCGCCAAGCACGCUAAAGAAGUCCGAGAAGUCUGGUUUCAGCAGUCCCUCGCCGUCGCAGACCUCUUCCCUGGGAACGGCAUUCACACAGCACCAUCGGCCUGUCAUUACAGGACCCAGAGCAAGUCCACAUGCGACCCCAUCAACUCUCCAUUUCCCGACAUCUCCCAUCAUCCAGCAGCCUGGGCCCUACUUCUCACACCCGGCGAUUCGCUACCACCCUCAGGAGACGCUGAAAGAAUUUGUCCAACUUGUCUGUCCCGAUGCUGGUCAGCAGGCCGGACAGGUGGGGUUCCUCAAUCCCAACGGUAGCAGUCAAGGCAAGGUGCACAACCCGUUCCUUCCCACCCCAAUGUUGCCACCGCCACCUCCGCCACCAAUGGCCAGGCCUGUGCCUCUGCCCGUGCCAGACACAAAGCCUCCGACCACAUCGACAGAAGGAGGUGCCACCUCGCCCACCUCACCGACCUACUCGACACCCAGCACCUCCCCCGCAAACCGAUUCGUCAGUGUUGGACCCCGGGAUCCAAGCUUUGUAAAUAUCCCUCAGCAGACACAGUCCUGGUACCUGGGAUAAAAGUCUCAACAUCCCACCAUCCACCAGACAGACCACCGGACCCCUUCUCAACUCUGUAACGCGGAAGCAGCAGCAGCAGCGCAGUGCAGUUUCUUCAUUGUCCAGCGGAAGGGGAGACGAACAGAUUCAGAAAAACCAGUACAUGGAAAAAUGGGGAGUGUUACGGUCCGACAGCCAAGGCCGUAACCUCUUUGGGAUUAGAAUUUUUUUUUUCAACCACCUUAGGGACUGUUGUAAUUUUCUCACAUGGUGCUUGAAAUGAUUUGGCUUUGUCGCAUUGGAGUGUUUCGCUGGUAGUGUAAGUUGUAGGUGACACUGGGUGGAGGGGGAGGCCGGUCUGCUGUCAUGUGCUGCCUUCCCUGCUGUACCCCACUUUCCAUACGGAGCCCAGCUGUUUCACGGUCUUGACAUCCAUUGACCCCUACAGAUGCGUACGCCUUUCUGAGCACUCGCGAGGCCCGCCGCAACUAAAACUUUCGUAGUCGCUGAAAUCUGCAAUAUGUAACUUACAGGACAGACAAUAGGGCAUGUUCUUCUGUAACAUAUCGGGGAAAAAAAUAAGCAGUGGGUUCCCUUUUGGGGGGUUUGAUUUUUGUUCUACGGUCAGCAAUUGAAAUGCGUAACAUGACCCAUAAAGGAUGGCGAGUCCACUCACGUUGCAGAGAUAUCCAGAAAUGAUAAACUACUACUAUUGUCAUCAUUUGUUUUUAAAGUUUGAAAUGCUGCACUUACAUUAGAACAUUGUGGGGUUUUUUUUCCAACAAUUUUCAACAAUUACACAAAUUCACGUGGAAAUGGGGAAGAUGGUCUGUUUUGACAGAAACUGACAGGAAUCAAUCAAAACAAUCGAAUUUUGAAUUGAGUUAAGUGCAAUUUCAUUGGAUAGCUAAAUAUCUUUGUAAGAUAGAGAUUGUUGAAAAUUCUAUUUUUGUUUUCCAAGUCCUACCCCAGGACUCUAAAUUAUUGGGGUAAAAAAAACAGCCUUGCAAGAAAAAAAGGGGAGCUAUUUUUGCUUUUUAUGUUUUUUAUUGUUAAACUUGUAUCCCUUUAAAAACUGAAGGAAAAUUUUAAAAAACACAAAAAAAUACAAAUCUAAUGGUGCUUUUACCACAAUAUGUUAACUACAUUAAAUGCUAAUUAAUUAUUUUCUUUUAACGAAGCACAUAAAAAUUAAGUCAUGAUAUCUGUUAAUUUUAUAAGCUAAAAGUCACUUAUAAUGGAUUAUGCCAAUUUUGAAAAAAAAAAAUUGACCUGUAUCUGGCCACCUAGGGUUUAUCAGUUCUUGGCCACCUCAAGUCCCAGAGAGCAUCCAGAGGUUUGAAACACCUUGGUGUCCUACGUUUUCCUGGACAGACUACAGAGAGAAAUGACAAAGAUGCUGGUGUCCAUUCUGAUCAAGGGCACUUGUUGGGGAGAAAAAAGGAAAAAAUUCGUACCCCCAAAUGUCCUGUAUCUUAUGUACAAAAGUAAAAUGAGACAAAAAACAAAAAAAUGCAGAAAAAUGAGAACAAAAUAGAGUGCAAGUGAUUUUUUUUCUACCAGACAGCGAAGCACCCAAUGCUUCCCCAGGCGACUUUCAGAAGGUUUCCUAGACUAUACAUAUAUAUACGUUCUGAUUGGCGCAUCUGGCUAAUCAGAGAAAAUCUGUGCAUGUUCUAGUGUUAGUAACUAAUUUUUAUAUAGUUAAUGUAGGAUAAAGUAGAGUACAUUAAGACACAAUAUUGUAACCCUAUUCCAGGCACUUACUUGCCUUUAAACCUUGUUUGUUCAGCCCUUGAGAAGGGCUUCUACUACUGUCCUAUACAAUCAAGUAUCUGAAAUUCUUGGGAAGUCACUUUUGCUCAUCUUUUCCCUGAAACAAUGUUGGUUGUUUGUUUUAUUUUUUUCCUCCUUGAUUUGCACGAAACAAAUGAAAAAAAAAUUCCAUAUCAAUGUGCCUUGCCCUGGAUAGCGAUUAUUUCUGAAAUUGUUGCACACGUUCCUCGAAUCGAAAGGGUUUUUUCCCUGGUCAAGCAUUUGGAGACACUUUUUUUGUAAAUGUGACUUUGACGUCCGCCAUCGUCAGUUUCCACUUCUAGAACCUAAGUAGCGUGUUAGUUGUUCCGCAGAUAGGAGUAGUGUGUAUUGUCUGGUGUGGUCAGUGGCAGUGCUAUUCUGAGAUCUGUAGAUGCUAGAGAAAAAAAAAUCAGUAUUUUGGGAUGUUGCUGCAUUGGACAUUUUAUUUCGGAGUCUUCCUUUAUUUUGUUUUGUUUUAUUUCCCAGAUAUAUGAAAAUAUGCAAUACCUGCUUAUAUCACGUAGAAAUGCUUAGUGGUGAUCGAGUUUUCUUUUGAUUUUUUUUUUUUAAUUUGACCAAAGUCGGUGCUGCACUUGACGCAGUGUGUUUUCGGUGUUUGUCUUUGUCCUUUUUUUUGCGAAUUUUGAAUGCACGGAGGCAGGAAGGGCUCCCUUUAGAGUAGCAGUCAGACUGUGAAGCACUAAGCUGACCCUGCUUCAAGCAAUUGUUUUUUCUUUUUACAACUAUUCCUUUCACAAGCAAGCCUUAAAAAAAUAGCGUUUAAAAAAAACACAAGAAAAAAAAAACAACCUUCCUUUUUCUUCAGAUCCCCACACCCCAUUUUUCUUAGCAGACCAGUUUGAUCCACAUUCAAUAAAUAUAAUAAUGCCCAUUUUUAUAUGCACGUUUUUAAACUUCCAAGUUUGGAGAAAGAAAAAUAAUUGUUUACUGGUUCUCUCUAUUUAAGGAAAAAAAAAUAAAACGUUUUGGACUUUGAUACGUGUCUGGUAAGUGGUCGAGUAGUUGUUGGGCUCUGUUGUGUUGUGCGAGAGUCAGUGUGCAGUAUCAUUUCCUGUAGCCAGCAUUCUUUGCCUUCCCCCAAUAGCACUUAGCAGGGCAUUACUUUGUGAUGACAUUAUGUGCACUAUGAAAAAUAAAUAAAUAAAUUUGCAGCUUACAGUGCUUCACAGUGAAGGGAAAAAAAAAAGAACAACAAAAAAGCCUAGAAAGACAUUUUGUCAGAACCUUUGCUCUAAGCUGAGGUGUUACCAGUGAAAUUGGUCUGUACAUACGAUGAAAUUGCACCCCUUUUUUUUGAAGAUGAAAAAAAAUAAAAAGAAUAAAAAAAAAAGACAAAUCCACCGAAGCAAUAGUUGGGGCAGGUCCAGUGAUUUGGGGCGAGCUGUCUGAGAGCAAGAGAGCGAGAGAGACUCCACUGCUCCCCCUCAGAAGAUAAUGUAAUUUGUAUGUUGUAUAGUUUUAUGGAUUUGUUUGACCCUAUUUUAUAAUGCAGGACUUUUGUAAUGUUGUUUAAAUGAGGAAAAAAAAAUCUGUCCAAUUAGCCUAGUGGAAUUUCUGAUUGUUUGUUAUAAAGGCAGCGUUCAUAGAAUUGCUUUUUCUCUUUAUUUUUAAAUUUUUUCCCAUUGCUGUUGGGUGUCCCCCACCCCUCCUUUUUUUGGGAACUGGAUUUAAGUUGAAAACUUACCUGUUUCCUUUUUUAUGUAUGUAUUUAAAUACAGUUAUUUUUCUUCUCUUGAUGAUAUAGCAUAUUCCUAUGCUUCAGAAGUGUAGGCUACUGGAGACCCAUUGUAAAUGGAUAUUACAGGUAUGCUGUUUUAUUAUUUUUUUUCUCUCGAAGAUACUUUGUCAUAUUUGAGUUCGAUGAAGCCGGAGUUAGGGAACUCUGAACCCAUUUGCAGAAACAAGCAAACAAAAUGUUUUCAAGACUUUGCAACAUUAGGGAGGCAGACUAGGGUCAUAACUGACAGGGGUGGUGGAGUCAUCAUGAAAACACAUUCAAUGACACUUUUUUGUUCACUGUAUCAUCAUCCAGAAAACGACAGUUGGGUUGUGACCAGACAGAAAACAAGGGAGAGAGGAGACGGUAUGAUUCCCCAGAAUCACAGCCAAGAAUAGAGGCUGGAAGAGACUGUACAGUGUGCAGGGAUUCAGAGCUGGCAGGAUCCAGGGGACAGGGUUGAGUCCUUAUUUGUGAAACACGCAGGAUUUCUCUUCCAUGCUCACCUGUCCAUUCCCACUCUAAAUCCAAGAUUCUAGAACACUAUGGCAUUUAGGAAAAAAAUUGUCCCACAACUAACUUUUCCUGUUUCUUGUCUUCCUCUGGGAUCUAAACCAGAGACACAAACACUAAAUUGCUCCAGCCUCUUUCAUCCCAAUCCCUCACACAAUCUCUUGGUUUUCUUCCCCAUGAUUAUCACUUGACACUGGCCCUUCUCCCUGUCCCUUAUCCCCCACCACACCCCAGCUCCCAGCUCUUAGAUGUAUCCCCUGCUUGAAUUAAGUAAGCAUUUGCUUGUCUCCUACUGCAUACCUCAACCAUGCAGUUCAUAAUUGAUUGAUCAGCCCCAAGUAAGAGUUUUGGCAGACGUAGGAUGCUUUCCUUGGUUUCUGGAAGGGAAGAAAGGGACCCCACCCACACCCCAAAUAAAAAGUUCCUGGACUCAGUAUUCAGUCAGCCCACAGGAAUAUGCAAAAGACAAACAAAAUUUUUUUAAAAGCAAGUUUCUAAAAAAUUCCUCCUUCGCUUUGUUUUGUUUGUGUCAGUGUAUUUUGCAGCUUUGUAGUAACAGUGUUAUGAAAUAUUUACUGUACAAAUCUGGAUUUGUGGCCUAAAAUCGACAACAUCAAGACCCAGUUGUUCCUUGCAAUUUUGUUUUGAACCACAAGGGAUGUCAGUGAAUAUUGUACUUUGCAUUGUGUCUCUGGAAAUAUCUUUUUGGUUGUUGUGAGCGUUGGUGGUUUCUUUCGUUACUUCUCACCUUUUUUUUUCUUCUACUUUAUUUGAGUUCUUUUGUUUUUUUGGUCGAAGGCCUCCAUAGAACAAAUUGCAAACACAGCUGGUAAAGUCGUGUGAGGAGAGCUUCAAUGGCACCUAAAACAAAAACAAAACCCCCAACAAACAGUCCACUUGACUUAGGAGAUCUGUUGGUGGAUGGCUCAGGAAGCAGGGCUGUUAUGAAUGGCCGCUUCCCAUGGCCCAUUUUUGUCUUGAAGUCCAGUGCAUGUACCUCCUGUUGGACAGUCCCGUGAUUCUGCCUCCCUCCAUCUGGUCCAAGGCUGUGCUCCCGUCUCAUCGGCGUCUUGCAUCCGUCCCCUUUUUUUCUUUUUGCCAGUUAAAAAAAAAAAAAAGAAAAAUUAAAAGGCAGUGUGAUGAGAACGUCUUUGAUCUAUAGCAGGUAACAUUGAAGCUGUUCCGUGGCACUUAACUGUAGUGAAGACUUUGUCACCACUUCUGAGAUCAAUCUAACGUUUAAUGCAAAUCCAUUACAUGGUGCUAUUACAGGCUGGCAAAAUGAUUUACGAAAAGAAAAAAAAAAAAACAAAAAAAAAAACAAAACAAAAACGUGACAACUUGGGCUCGUUUCAAUCUGCUUUCCCACAAUGUAAAUGCAUAGCAGUGAUUAUCUGCAUGAGAACUAUGCACUAACCUUACCCGAAGAAAACAAGUAUAUCCGCGUUGGUAUCUCUUUCCCUUCCGUUGACUCCGGUCCUUGCCUUUUUGGUCAUUGUUACGAUGCCAGCUUUAGGACAGAAUGAAUUAUAAGAAAAACCAGCAUAAUACCUGAUAUAUUAAAAAAAUGUAGUGCCUGUGAAAUCUGUAUUAUAUUGCUCUUCUGAAGUAAGAUUGUUUUCUACACCGGUAGCCUUUGCUGUCUGUCAAGACCUUCUGGUAUAGGUGAUGUAAGAUAACCAUACAAUAUAAAUGCAUGCUAUUCCAUAAUGCUUAGAGAGCUGUAUGAAUAUUACUCCAAGUUAUGUUAGUCUUUUUUUCUGACUUGGUUCUUGUCAGAUAGGUUUAAAGAUAUUUCACUGAGAACGCAAAUUCUGUCUCUUUUCUUGAUUUUUGGGGUGUUUUCAGUAUUUUUGGAGGUAUACAUUUACUUAAAUUCAGUAUUACUUGUGUGGUUUUUUUUUCUCUCUCUCUCUCUCUCUCUUCUUCCUAGAGGGCAAGCAUGGGUAUUGAGUUCAGAAAUCAGUGCCUGGCAAGAUUUUUGUCUCAAAAAACCAUCAUGUGACUCCUAAGAACUCUGUUUAGGAGGAGACACAGAAGCAUUUCGAUAUAAGGGGAGACUUUUCUCUGACUCCUUAACUGAUUAUGCUAAUGUGGGAAGUGAUUUCCUAAUGAACAGUGUUCAACCAGGUACCCAUGCUUGACCCUUCUUCACACCAGACCUCUUCAUAUUAAAAAAAAAAAAACUUAAAAAAAUUCAUGUGGCUAUUUAGUUUCAUGCACAGUUGCAAUAUUUUCCUUCAAAAAAAUUAAACUCUGUACAAACUCUGGGCCCUUUUCAUGAGAGAAAAAAAAAAUUUUGCUAUUAACACGGGAUUUUUUUUUUAAUUAUUCUUCCUGGUCUAAAUCUCCAAGGGCUUGCUUCCCAAGUAAAGCAAGUUUUGGUUUUUGUUUUUCUUUUCCCAUUUCCUAGCCAGCACCCACCUGCCUUUUAUGCCUUUAGGAGGCUAUGGAGUCCUAUUGGGAAAGGAUCUGGGAAAUGGAGAGAAGAGAGAGUAGAAAUUCCCAUAUUCCAUUAGAAGCAGCAAGAGUAGGGGAAACAUUAUGACUUUGGUGGGAUAAAGGGGAGAGAGCAUCCCAGAGAAGACCCCAGGCUCCAUGCCAUUGAGUCAUCACCAGAUUCACAUGUGUACUUACGACGCUAUUUGAUAAAGAUGAAAACCUUUUAAGAAUUAGUCUGUACCAUAAGAGAAUAUAGUAGAUGUGCUACCUCUAAUCCAGCAUCUUCACAAAGGAAAAGACUACAUAAAAUGGGAACUUUUGUACUUUCUACAGUGGCUUCAAGGACUAAUGUGGCUUCUCCUGUUUCCCCUUGCCAUUUAUUUUGGAACUCAAUUUUCAAAAUGACAAAACGCUUUCCCUCUCCCUGGUUUGUUUGGUGUCUUUCAGAUGUCUUUUAUUACUAUUACUAUUACUAUUGUUAUUAUUAUUAUAUUAUUAUUAUUAUUGUGAUGCUCAAUAGUCUCUAAAUUAGUAACUCUUUCUAAAUGACUCAAAAGGAAGUGCAGAAGAUGACUGGUAAUAUUUUGGGUGGAGGGGUAUGGUGAGUGUGAGGACAGCAGAAUGAUGGCCCUUCUUGGUUCAUUUUUCUUUGCCAAUGAUUGUCUUCCCACUCUGGGCAGCUAUGGCUGCCACCAUUUUGCUGGCUCACUAGGUUUAUCAGCCUCUAGUGAGAUUUUGUGGCGAUGGAAAGAGCCCCCAUCCCUGCCCAGUCCUGAUCCCCUCCUUCAUCUAAGAGUUGCCUGGAACUUUCUCCCAAAUGCAUUGAUUUUUGUCCACUCAGACGCCAUGUUGGUUUUUUUUUUUCAAUUCAGAAGUGGGAGGGGCGUAGAUGGAAUCUUUUCUGAUAGACACGUGCGAGAUCAAUUGGCAAACCUCACCUGCCACCCGUGUUAAUACCAUGGUUUUUCUUUUGUCUUUAUGAGCUGGCCCCUUGUGCCUCUAGUAUACUUGGAUUGACUUUCAUAGUUACCCUUUUAGUUUGGACUGUGUUCUGUGAAAAUUUGUAAUUGGUUGAGAAUCACUGUGGGCGUCCAUUGUUAUUCAACUAAAAUCUCCACAGGUUUUUCUGAGCUGGUGUGGAUUAGUUUAACUCUUGUAUUCAACCAUUAGUGCUACCACCUUCUCACAUUACAGUACAAUUACUGGAAGCAAGUACUGCAUUUCCUAUGCAACAAAAAAAGGAAAAUAAAAAUGCUAAUGCUAACUAGCCUGAGU